AUGACGGCAAAAAGCAAGCCCGAAUUAGACGCUAGUCAACUAGCGAGACAAAGAAAGAAGAUAGAGAAAGACAGAAGACGAAAGCAAUAUGAUGAUCUCCAAGUCCAAGGAACCAACAACUCUUCGAUUGUUUCCAAGAGAAGUGUAGAAAUGUUAUAUACCAAUAAACUAGAACCUGAAAUGGGUGAAUGGUUUAAGCAUUUUGUGAAGAAGGGAAAGAGAAGAUCACCGGCAAUCAACAGAGGUUACUGGAUUAGAAUGGAGACUAUCAAACAAAUGGUAACCAGAAUUAUAAAGAACAACCCCAACAAAAAAGUACACAUUAUAAACUUGGGCUGUGGAUUCGACCCCUUGCCCUUUCAAUUGCUCUCAUUAUCCAAGAACAAGGGAGAGAACGUUGAUUUGCAUUUUAUUGACAUAGACUAUCCAGAUUUAGUGCAGAACAAGUUGAAAAUGAUCUACGAUUCUCCAGAGAUACUUGAGGUUAUCGGAGAAUUGCAGAAUCCAGAAAAGGAUUUAGGAUUAUUCAUAAGUGCCGAAAAGUACAAGUUAGUAGGGUGUGAUUUGAAAGACACUACGAGAUAUCAGAAGCAACUAGACUAUUUAGUUGGUACUUCUUCUGAUUCAAUCAAAAUAUUUGUUGCGGAGGUUUCAUUAGCAUACAUGAAACCUGAGUUCGCAGAUCCCGUUAUAGACUACUCUUCCAGAGUAUCAAACUCCCACUUUCUUAUUCUCGAACAGAUCUUACCAAACACAGAAUUCAACGCGUUUGCAACCAAAAUGAUGUACCAUUUCAACCACUUACGAAGUCCUUUACAAUGCGUUCAAACAUACCCUUUGAAAGAAGAUCAAAUCACAAGGUUCAACAGAUACUAUCCGCUAGCUGAAGUUAGAAACCUCUUUGAAAAUUGGUUAUGCUUAAUCGACGACAAUAUGAAAGAGAGAGUAGAACACAUUGAAGAAUUCGAUGAAUGGGAAGAAUUUAUAAUCUUCUGCCAACAUUAUGUCAUUGUCCAUGCAACAAAUAUGAAAAAAGACCAACUUAUUUAUGCAGACUCUGAUUCUCACCAAGCAGUGAGUCAUGAUUAUGAUUUCGAUGACAACGUUAAAUUAACUUUAGAUACUAGAGCCAACCCUGAAUUUCUCGAGUUAAAGUUUCCUGCGAUAACAACAAUAAGCGGCAACCAGAUUCUCGUGCAUGGAGGUUUACGUCAAACUAGAUCUAAUUUGCUGUAUAUUUACGAUAGCGUUAAUGGGAACGUAAGCGAAAGAAUCUUUACUGGUGAGGUUCCACCACGUAUGUGUCAUACAUUAACUGCCUUGCUGGAUACGACAUGCGUCUUGAUUGGUGGCAGAACUAGGCCUGGCAUGGCUCUAAACGAUACCUAUAAGUUGCAAGGCGAUGAAUGGGUGAAAUUGAAGGAUAUUCCAAAUGGUAGAUGCAGACAUGCUGCCACUAGACUUAGUGAGAGUGAAGUGUUGAUAUUCGGUGGAUUGCCAGAAAAUAAGGAACAUUGUGGGGCACUGCUUUUCGAGGUUUAUGACAUCAAUAUGGAGGAAUCUAGACCGUUGAAAAUUGUGCAGAACGGAUCUGAAGCUACGAUCGCCAACUUGAAGAGUUGUGGUAUUGCCUACAACGGGCAGUAUGGUUUAAUUAUUGGCGGGAUGGAGAAAGAGACUGUUCCUACUGUUAAUAAUCAAAUAUAUAAAUUCACCAUUGGAGAAGACAGAUCCAGUAUUCAUAUUACGUCUGUUGCGCAAGGUGACGUUUGGAUGAGAAUAGGUUCACAGGUGCAAUUCGUUGGAGAAAACAAGGUAGUAGUCAUCGGAGGCAUUUCUCCUCGGCACGUGUUCUCCAACUUUAGUAAUAUAGUGACGUACAACGUUGAAACUCAAGAGAUACGCUGUGUUGAAAUUCCUGAAUCCAUCACCAAAACCAGUCCGCCUAUCUUUAUUGGGUUUGGAAGUGGAGUGUUGGUUGACGAGAAAGGCAGGAAGAGUAUCGCAUUAUUGGGUGGAGGGGCAGUUUGCUACUCUUUUGGCAGCUGCUACAAUGGUGUCUACCGGCUUGAAUUAUGAAACAAGCAUUGAAGGCUGAGUAUUGACAUGUGACAAUAUGGUGUAAAGCUUUAUGUUGACGUGCAAUUAGAGAAAAUGUUGCAACACGAAAAGCAGCGGUACGUCACACGGCGCACUGCGUAAAAGUUGCAGCCAUCGGGAAAACGCACUUUGCCCGCGUGAGAAAAUACUCACUAUUUGGUAGGCUCUGAUAGAUUAACGAGAGAAUAUAGAAAUCGUUUAGAUAUGUCGGGGUGUACACCCAGAAAAUAAAGCAUUCCAAUAAGCGAUGG